GACCCCUUCCACGGCUUCCUAGGGCGUUCCAUUCCAUUCCCCGAAUCUCACUUGCCUUUUUAAAAACGCGCCCCUCCCCUCCUCGACGCCGCCGCACAUCGUCGAUCCGAUUCGAUUCCAUUGACAGCGCUUCCCCGAUCGAGCCAGCAUGGUGGUAGGGUUCCGCCGCACGAUCUCGUUCCCCGCGCCCAAGUCCCCCUCGGCCGCCGCGCCGCCGGCGGGGUCGGAUGGGAAGUCCGCGGGCUACCGCGUCCGCUCGGCGAGCCUGCCCUGCCGGUUCCACCCUCUAGUGCUCCAGCUCGACGAAGACGUCGCGGCGCUGCGCGAUCUGGUCGCGGGAUCGGCGUCGUCGGCCCGCUCGAUCGCGGAGGCCGCCGAGCAGCUGGGACGGGUGCUGGUGUCGCUGUCCGAGCUGCUCCACCACCCGCAGGCGCAGGAGCCGCUGCGGCGGCUCGGGCGCUCGCCGUUCGCGGAGCGGCUCCUCGACGACUUCCUCCGCCUGGCCGACGCGCACGGCAGCUUCCGGGCCGUGCUCGUCGCGCUCGCCGCGCUCCAGGCCGAGGCGCGCGCCGCGCUCAGGCGCGAGGACGCGGCGCGCCUGGCGUCCGCCGCGCGCGGGCUCCGCCGGUCCGGCCGCGACCUCCCGCGGAUCGCCACCUCCGCGCGCGCCGUGGCCGCCAAGGCACCGCCCCCCGCGCCCGCCGGCCUCGCGUCGGACACGGCCGCCCUCGCCGCCGCCAUCGUCGACGCGGCCGCCGCCGUCGCGUCCGCCUCGGCCGCGGUCUUCUCCGGGGUGUCCUCCCUCUCCAUCGCCGCCGCCACGGCCCGCGUCGACGUCUUCAGCACGCCCUGCUGGAUGCCCUCCCCCGCCAGAUUCGCCAGCACGCCGAGAACCAGCCACCACGUCGUCGUCACCACCAAGCCCUCUUCCAUGCGCAUAUGGUGGGUCGCCGACCUCAUGCGCUGGAUGUCGCGCGCGAAGCGCCGCUCAGCCAACAAGCAACACGCCGAGGGCGGGUCUUCCGACCAGCAGCCCCAGCAGGAUGCCUCCGUGGACCCGGAGGAGGAAGAACGGAAGACCGCGUUCGAGCGUAUUGACAACCUUGGACGGUGCAUUGCGGACGUGGAGAACACCGGCGAGAAGGUGUUCCGGGCUCUGGUCAACACCAGAGUCUCCCUGCUCAACAUUCUCAGUCCAAGCUUCUGAAGAAUAAUCCCAAACCAUCAGAGGAACCCAUGAAACUUUUAGACUUAUUGUGAAAUUGUAUAUACAAAUGGGCCUAUCACCAUGUUUAGGGAGCUGCGUUUUGUUAACGGAGCUCAUAGCAGAACAAUAGUUGCAGCAGAAGUAAACAGAUUUCCGUUUUGUGUUGGCAACUCUGCAUGUUUUCUUCAAGCC